CACGACCGUCUCUGCGCGCGCCCGCCGACGCGCGGUGCGCGGGCACGCCGCCUAUCGGCAAACGGACACUUUAACCGCCCGGUGCGAAAGUCGUUGGAGCUCGCGGGUCCGAACUGCCGCAAAGGAUUCUGUGGACAGGAGUGAACAUGGCUGAGGACAUUCAGGCCAAACUUGAGAAGUACCGCACGGCCCCCUUUGACGCCAGGUUCCCCAACCAGAACCAGACCAGGAACUGCUGGUCCAACUACGUGGACUUCCACCGCUGCCAGAAGGCGCUGGAGGGCAAAGGAGCGGACACGGCGCCCUGCGAGUGGUACCGCCGGGUCUACAAGUCCCUGUGCCCCAUGGCCUGGGUCCAGAAAUGGGAUGAACAGAGAGAAGAGGGCAACUUUCCUGGAAAGAUCUGAGGACUUCGGAAGCCCUCCGUCCUCGGACCACAGAUGAAAUCGGUUUGCGUACGUGUUGGGAGACCACGUGGCUGCGACCUACAGCCGACCUUCAUUCCUGACCAAUGACACGAGAUGUAAAACAGAUUCUGCAUUAAACUAUCAGGACGUA